CCUGUCGAGCCAUUUUACAAGUCUUUACGGUUUGCCGCCAUCUUGGCUUUGCUCUUUCCGGCUAGCAUUCUUGCAAAGAUGCCGUCUGUAACACUGAAGGACGUUGAUCAACACAAAUUCGUGAAGGCCUUUGCUGCCUUCCUGAAAAAAACUGGCAAAAUGCGUGUGCCAGAAUGGGUGGACAUUGUAAAGUCAGCCAGAUUUAAGGAACUUGCGCCGUACGAUCCUGAUUGGUAUUACAUUCGUUGUGCUGCUUUGGUGCGUCACAUCUACAUUCGUAGCCCAAUUGGAGUCGGUGCAGUCACCAAGAUCUUUGGUGGACGCAAACGCAAUGGCACUCAUCCCAGCCACUUUUGCCGAUCUGCGGGUGGUGUCGCACGCAAAGCACUUCAGAGCUUGGAGCAACUAAAACUCAUCGAGAAAGCACCUGUUGGUGGACGGAAACUGACCAGCCAAGGACGUAGAGAUUUAGAUCGUAUUGCUGCACAAGUUAAAGCUAAGAGCAAAAAACAACUUAAGCUUCAAGAGACGAUUGUAAUUUAAUAUUCUUUUAUGUUUCUUUAAUAAAAUUAAAAACAUAUAAAUCUCUAAAA